AUGAAAAUUUAUAACUGGCCAGCUCUGCUGCCGUCGAUUCAGCUACUAUUUGGUAUCGCGGAGGCCGUGAAGCCGAUCGGAAGCUCGUUUGGAGUCUCCGGAAGGGAUGCCACCUUUGACUAUGUCGUAGUUGGCGGAGGCACAUCUGGGUUGACAAUUGCCGCCCGAUUAGCAGAAGAGUAUUCCGUUGCUGUAAUCGAGGCUGGAGGAAUCUAUCAAGUUGAUAACGGCGUCGGCUCGACCAUUCCUGGGCUGGUUGGAAUCCAGUUCCUCGGAUCCGAUCCGGCUGACACCCAUCCUGCAAUCGACUGGGGUUUUGUGACUGUCCCCCAAAAGCCAUUGAAAGAUCGCCGUGUUCACUAUGCGCGCGGGAAAACUCUAGGCGGUUCUUCCGCAAGGAACUUCAUGGCCUAUACUAGGCCCAGUAAAGGCGCCAUGCAAACGUGGGCAAACGAAGUUGGAGACAAAAGUUACACAUGGGAAAACACGCUGCCUUUCUUCAAGCGCAGCGUGUCCGUCACAAAGCCAGACCUGACAAAGCGAUUCCCCAAUGCAUCCGUUGAGGAAGACUACUCGUCUUACGACAACUCUCAAAAUGGCCCACUCCACAUCACAUGGCCGGCAUGGGCAUCGCCUUUCGCCUCUUGGUUCAAGAAAGCUGCAUUUGCGAUUGGCAUGGACGGUACCAGUGGCUUUACCAAUGGUAAACUCUUGGGUUCAUCGUGGUUUGUUGCCACCAUCAAUCCCAAGACCAUGGAACGAGAGUCGUCGGCGACCAGUUUCCUGAAGUAUGCUACGGAUACCACUGGCUUGCUAGUUUACAAACAGACAUUGGCAAAGAAGAUUCUGUUCAAUGAAGAAAAGGCUGCCAAUGCCGUUGUUGUCGAAACACUGGGACUUCGCUAUACGCUUUCGGCCACAAAGGAAGUCAUUCUCUCCGCCGGCGCGGUCCAGAGCCCGCAACUUCUCAUGGUUUCCGGUGUUGGACCGAAGAAGGUGCUAGAGGGUCUAAAUAUCCCCGUCAUCGCCAAUCUGCCCGGUGUUGGACAGAACUUGGAAGACCAUCCCCUAUCAUGUUCAGUUCGACGUGUCAACCUUAUCACGGCAUCGAGGAUGCUCAACGACCCGGAAUAUGCGAUGAAGGUUCAAAAUGACUACGUUCACCAUGAAUCCGGCCCUCUCACCUCUCCUGCUGGCGUGAUCGCUUUUGAGAAGUUCCCAUCCUCGGUGCGGAAGACCUUGUCGAAAUCCGCGCUGGAUAAACUGAAGUCUUUUCCAGCAGAUUGGCCGGACCUGGAGUACGCAGUGCUCGACGCGAGCAUGGGAUAUAACCGCAAUUACUUGACUGAAGAUCCUAUGGACGGAAGUAACUAUGCCUCAGUCUGUGUCUCGAUUCAAACAGCCUUCUCCCGCGGAAGCGUCAGCAUAUCCAGUACCGACAUAGCAGAUCCCCCUGUUCUGGAUGUGGGAUGGCUUUCCGACCCGGUCGACGUCGAACUUCAAAUUGCCGCUUUGAGGCGCACACGACAAGUUUGGGAGGCAAUGUCCGAGAUAACGAUUGGGUCGGAGUAUUUGCCCGGCCCGAACGUCACCUCCGACGCAGAAAUCCUCGAUUUCCUCGUUGAUAGCUUGACCUGGUUUUUCCAUGCAUCAGCAACGUGCAAGAUGGGGAAGCCCUCGGACAAGAUGGCGGUCGUGGACACCAAAGCCCGAGUAUUUGGAGUCAAGAAUUUGCGCGUUGUGGAUGCGAGCGCGUUCCCUUUCUUGCCGCCGGGUCACCCGCAGUCGGUCUGCUAUAUGCUGGCUGAGAAGAUCGCGGAGGAUAUCAAGAACGAUGAUACGAGUCGACAACCGGGUACGGGCAAAUCCGAGCUUUAAUUCUACGGAAUUCCCAUCGCCUAUCAUCGAGGACAGUUCGGGUGCACAAAUUGAUGGCGCUGAAGCACCUCCAGAAUGUCAACGGUCUCAUUUGCUUACUUAGCCAC